UCCGACUUCCGAGUUCUAGCGUUUUCGUUUCGUCUCAGCCCUAAAUCGAACCGCGAGUUGCGACCCCUGCCCCUUCCCUGUUGAAUGACCCCAUCUUGUUCCUUCGUGUUUUUCUCUCAAGCACUCACAGAGACAUUGAAUCCCUUCAUGUUUCUCUAGCAGCUUGGAGAGGUGGUUCCACUCGGGAUCUUACUCAAGUUCAUACUGGUCGAAGCCUCUGUGGGGGCUUACCCUACCACCAAUUGGUCUUCCAUAGACGAAAUAGAAGCGUGGUCGGAGCUCACAGAUUCGAAUUUCUUGGAUUUCACAAAAUUUUGGUUGCCGAGCUGUAAAGCGGUGUCGAAAUGUUGGGUGGGCUAUAUGGAGACCUCCCUCCUCCUUCAUCCGCCGAAGAAGAGAAAACCAAUAACGCCAAUGUAUGGUCGAGCAGCACCAAGAUGGCGCCAGCAACCCUUCGCAAGCCGGUUUUCGCGCCUCCUCAGACGAUUCUGAGAACCCAGAACAAGCCCAAAACUGUCAAUUCUUCAGCACCUAAAACAGCGACGUCGACGCCGGUCACGGCACCGUCACCGGUUGUGCCUGAUGACGCAGCGCAACCCGCUCUUGUGGGUGUCCAAUCGACAGUGAUGGAGGAGUAUGACCCGGCGAGGCCGAAUGACUAUGAAGAGUAUCGAAGGGAGAAGAAGAGGAAGGCUAGGGAGGCAGAGAUGAUGAAAGAGCUCGAGAGGAGGCGGCAGGAAGAGGAAGAGAGGGAGAGGAGGGAGAAAGAGGAGCGGGAGAAGGAGAGGGACAGAGAAUAUGGAGACUCGAGAUUGAACAUUUCUGGGGAGGAGGCAUGGAGAAGGCGUGCGGCGAUGAGUGGGGCAAUGCCAAGAUCUCCAUCGCCACCGCCUAACGGAGAUGGUUUUACUAUUGGCAAGUCAGAAACAGGCGGUUUGGGGCUUGGUGCCGGUGGGCAAAUGACAGCAGCUCAGAGAAUGAUGGCAAAGAUGGGAUGGAAGGAGGGACAAGGACUUGGGAAGCAGGAGCAGGGAAUUACUACACCGUUGAUGGCGAAGAAAACAGAUAGACGAGCUGGAGUCAUUGUGAAUGCUAGUGACAAUAAGCCGGAAAAGAAAUUGAAGAGUGUGAGUUUCAAUGGGCCACCUACGAGGGUGCUGCUGCUUAGGAACAUGGUGGGUCCUGGCGAGGUAGAUGAUGAGCUUGAAGAUGAGGUAGGGUCAGAAUGUGCCAAGUAUGGGACUGUUACUCGGGUCCUGAUAUUUGAGAUAACAGAGCCAAAUUUCCCCGCUGAUGAGGCCGUCAGAAUCUUUGUGCAAUUUGAGAGGUCUGAAGAAACAACUAAAGCCAUUAUUGACCUUGACGGUAGGUACUUUGGAGGUAGAGUGGUGCGAGCCUCAUUUUAUGACGAAGAGAGAUUUGGAAAGAAUGAAUUAGCUCCAAUGCCGGGAGAAGUCCCUGGCUUUUUCUGAAAUAAGAGAUUCAACCUGUGAUGUCCUAGAAGAACUUGUUAGUGAUUGCCAUGAAAACUCGGAAGUGAGUUUUGCUCAUCAUUUGUGGUGAGUAGGCUCCCAUCUGUGAAAAAUGGUGUUUGUAACUGCAUCAUAAGGUUGUUGCUUAGGGAUUGAUUGCUCAUAUCGUUUGGUGACGCAAUUCUUCCUAGUAACGAAAAGAAACGAGCUCUUUAAAAGAAAUUUUACCAGGUAAGUGGAGAAGGAACUCUA